GUGCGGAAACAGACCAGUUCAACUUUAAAAUCAAUCUCAAAGAGUGCCCACACACCAGAAGAGGACUACUUUCAAUCGUUAGUUCUAUCUUUGAUCCAAUGGGUUUGCUCGCUCCCGUCAUUUUACCAGUGAAGAAACUUCUUCAAGAGUUGUGUCGUAUAAAAUACUCUUGGGAUGAAGAGCUACCAGACACCAACAUUAAAGGUUGGAAGAAGUGGCUUUCGGGACUCAAGCUACUGGAAGAAUUUGGAGUGGACAGGUGCAUUAAAACCAAGCAUUUUGGUAGACCAGUCUUUGCGCAACUUUACCAUUUUGCUGAUGCAAUCGAAGAUUCUUAUGGCACAGUAAGCUAUCUGGUGCUACAUAAUGACUCAGGUGAGGCACGGUCCACUCUGCUGAUGGCCAGAGCCAGAGUUGCUCUUCUAAAAACACCCACUGUUUCAAGGCUGGAGCUCACAGCUGCUACAGUGGCAGUUAAAAUGGAUAAACUGUUGAAGAAAGAGCUGGAGUUAGAGCUGAAGGACUCUGUAUUCUGGACUGACAGUACAGCUGUCAUUAAAUAUUUGAACAGUGAAACGACAAGGUUCAAGACAUUUGUGGCGAACCGUAUAACAGCCAUCCUGCAGCAUUCACAACCAUGUCAGUGGAGGUAUGUGAAUUCUAGCUCUAAUCCUGCUGAUUUUGUCUCCAGGGGACUGACAGCCGAAUCUUUGCUGCUGUGUGGAGACUGGCUGUCUGGACCAAGUUUCCUUCUUCAGACAUCUGAUCUAUGGCCCACAAAUCCUGAUAUCAGAGUUGCAGAUUGUGAAGACUUGGAGGUGAAAAAAGUGGCUCAAGUUCACACUGUACAGAUGUUCAGCAGAAGCUAAUUGUCAAAGAAGAAGCUUCUU